AGCCUUCAGCUACCUCCAUAAUAAAUUUUUUUAGAAAAAUAGAAAUAAAAAAGCCAAAGUAUAACUUUAGAUCUGAGCCGUUGAUUAAGUACGUUAUAAUCAACGAUCUGACCAAACCAUCGUCCUCUCUCUUGAACUCGCCGUCUCGCGUGGUCUCUUGUGGCUCUCUGCAACCCUCACAACUUGCUAUAGAUCUGAUCUCAAGGUUGAAGAGCAAACAUGUUUGGGAGAGCACCAAAGAAGAGCGAUAACACUAAGUACUAUGAGAUUUUGGGAGUCUCCAAGAACGCUUCUCAGGAUGAUCUAAAGAAGGCAUAUAGGAAGGCUGCGAUUAAGAACCAUCCGGAUAAGGGUGGUGACCCUGAGAAGUUUAAAGAGCUGGCACAAGCUUAUGAGGUUUUGAGUGACCCAGAGAAGCGUGAGAUUUAUGAUCAGUAUGGCGAGGAUGCCCUCAAGGAAGGAAUGGGUGGAGGUAGCGGUGGUCAUGAUCCCUUUGACAUCUUCCAAUCCUUCUUUGGUGGCAGUCCGUUUGGUGGUGGUGGAAGCAGCAGAGGCCGAAGGCACAGAAGGGGAGAGGAUGUGAUACAUCCCCUUAAGGUUUCUUUGGAGGAUCUCUACAAUGGGACAUCCAAGAAGCUUUCCCUAUCCCGCAAUGUACUCUGCCCAAAGUGCAAGGGUAAAGGGUCGAAGUCUGGUGCAUCAAUGAAAUGUUCUGGCUGCCAAGGUACUGGCAUGAAGGUCUCCAUCAGACAUCUUGGUCCUUCAAUGAUUCAGCAAAUGCAGCAUCCUUGCAAUGAGUGUAAGGGUACUGGUGAGACUAUCAGUGACAAGGAUCGCUGCACACAGUGCAAGGGUGAGAAGGUUGUUCAGGAGAAGAAAGUUUUGGAAGUUCAUGUGGAGAAGGGUAUGCAAAAUGGACAGAGGAUUACAUUCCCUGGAGAAGCUGAUGAGGCGCCUGAUACUGUCACAGGGGAUAUAGUGUUUGUCCUACAGCAGAAGGAACAUCCUAAGUUUAAGCGAAAGGGUGAUGACAUCUUCGUUGAACACACCUUGACCCUCACUGAGGCACUUUGCGGCUUCCAAUUCAUAUUGACCCACUUGGAUGGCAGGCAGCUUCUCAUUAAAUCGCAACCUGGAGAAGUUGUCAAACCUGAUCAAUUCAAAGCCAUAAAUGAAGAAGGAAUGCCGAUGUAUCAGAGGCCAUUCAUGAAGGGUAAAUUGUACAUCCACUUCACAGUUGACUUCCCUGAUUCCUUGACCCUAGAGCAGUGCAAGGCACUCGAGGCUGUGCUACCUCCAAGGACCUCAGUGCAGCUGACUGACAUGGAACUAGAUGAAUGUGAGGAAACUACACUCCAUGAUGUAAACAUUGAGGAAGAGAUGCGGAGAAAAACUAACGCACAGGAGGCUUAUGAGGAGGAUGAAGACAUGCACGGCGGCGCACAGAGAGUGCAGUGUGCUCAGCAAUGAUAGAACAAAUUGGGUGAUGAUGGGAUUGACUUGGAAGUGGAUGAGUUAUUGAAGAAAAAUUAUGGUUAUAAUUGUUUUGUGAGAAUAAGAUUCUCAGUGUUGUCUUUGUUUAGACAAUUAGAUUGGUAGAUGUUAUGGAAUAUUUUUGUCUUGUUUGGAACCUGAUUAAGUGUAUGGAAAGAUUAUUACCAUUCUAUCUGACAUAAAUUGAGAAUUUAAUU